CUCCUCUGUGCUGCUUUUCACAGUGAAGAUUGAGAGUCUCAUGAGUCGGUCGGAAGCACCUCUUUCAAGCCCCGUCACUGGCCCGACUCGCAAAAUGCCGCGCUAGGAAAAUCGAAAUUCAGUUCACUCACACCUUAGCUUGACUCUCCACGAAAAAGACUUCUCUUCAAUACCCACACACACACAUUUCUCCCUCCAUCUCCUCUCCAUCUCGUCGUCCCUUCAACCCUUCAUCCUCGCUCCUUUGUUCUUGUUCAGCGUUCUCGCCUCCCCUCGCGCUCCAGGCGCUGGAAAAUCAGGGAACACCGACUCCGCUUUGACUCCCACUCAAAAGUUUUUUGGCCGCAUCAGCUCAUCCCCCAGACGACCUGCAACCGCCGCGGUCGACAUUUGAACCUCUGACGCCGUGCUCCCUCGCUCUCACGUCAACCGGAUCCUCCACGAUUUCCUCCUGUCGACAAGAGAAUUUCGUUCGAGACGCACUGUGUCAUUCUGCCGGCACCGUCUAGAGUUGACGUUUCCAGGCUUGCCUCGGUUUCUCUCCCAAGUCAUCAUAACUUGGCCGACAGAAUAGCCGCGACAUCGUCCUGAAGGACUCGGCCAGUGCAGUUGUGAAACUGCAGAAUUUACAAGCCAGAAGGCGGCAGAGGAUAUACUCGUGGCAUUCUGCAGCAGGUCAGCUGCGGAGUCUAAGAGAGGCAGAGUGACGGCGAGACAGGUGGGCUUAGGGCUCAUACUGUAGGGUCAUCCCUCAGAGGACAGAAGAUAUCCUCUUCAGCGUUCCUACAAUUUGCUGUCGCGAUCUUGGUUGGAAACAUUCCUAUUGGAUUUCCACCUUGACCUCACCUAUCCAUCACUGGUCAUUGUGCGGACUAGGACCAGCUGAAGGAAAGGACAGACUUGUGCAGAAGGAAAAUAUCACUACCACAACUGGCACCAAGCUAAUACUGGACGUUCUAUUCUUUGGCCAGCUUGUUGCUGGUGAGGGGUUUUGUACUGUGGUAGUGGAACAGGAGGUGUAGUGUGGGUUUGAUCAGCUUUGUCUGUGAGAAUGUCGUCCUCCUCGGGCGCAGGAGCGCCAGUUUUUUCAUAUGCACAGGCCGCAAAGGGCCUCACAUCAUCAGCUUCAACACAGUCCGCCUCGAGGAAUGAAAGCCCCGCGGCAUCUGACAAGGGUGUUAAAGAUCGGACCGUGAGUGAAACGACUAGUGCGAAUUCCGCGCUCAAGUCUCCCCGGCCAAGAUCCGAACCUGACGACAAACCGAACGGGGAGGGCGCCGCGUCUAAGUCUCCAACACCGGCAGAGGGUGCUGCGGCAAAGUCAUCUCAUGAGGAUGCGGACAAAGAAGGCGCCACGCAAAUUCAGCAUGUUGCGACACACAAUGGCGCCGAGACCUCAUCAGGCUCACAUGUCGGAACCCCCGAUCUCGCACCAGCCCAGGAUCAACAGAAAGGCGACGCCGUACCACAACUUCCAAAUGGAAGAUCACCGUCUUCUGAAGAGCUACCUGGCUCUACCUCGAGUGACAAGUCUACUCAAUCCGUCGUUGAGAAGAAAUCUAAGGAUGGCGAAGAUGACUGGGAAAAGGUCUCAGUGCCUUCAGUGAGUGCGGAGACACAAUACAAGGCUGCCCCCAUUCCGACUGUCAAUGUUUGGCAAGUACGCAGAGAAGCUCAAGCGGCAAAGAUGAAGGGCCUGGAACAGCAGCGCGGUGUAGCUUCCAGCAAUCCUAGCCAACCACCAAAGCCUAGGUCUGGCAGUGAAGAUCCUAAACGGAAGUCUCUCAGCAAAGAAAUUGGCGGGUCCGAAAAAGAAGGCAAGAAUGUCGACACCACGAGGUCUGUCAACCGAAAAGAUAUGCCGUCAGCUCGAUCCUCUCGACCUACGUCUCAGCAUGGUGAAAAAGGCGAUGUGGAAGCGCCACCGCCGGUAGAUGAUGCACAGUCAUGGCCAACUCCUGAAAAUUCCAAUGUCGACGAACGACGCAAAUCAGCUUCUUUGGAAAAGACGGAUAAGCUGGACGGAAGGCCGGGCCCUCAGAAAACUCACAGCAACAAAUGGGUUGCAGUUCCGUUCGUUCCUACCGCAAAGUUUGAAACACAACUUCCACCAGCUGCAGCGCGACGAGGCGGUAGAGGAGUCGGAAGAGGACGAGAUGCCGGCGGUCGCGGGGGUGGCCAUGUUGGUUCUGCUGCAGAAAAGCAAGAUGGAACGACAUCAAUGGGCCCGCCUCCUGUACCAAGACAGUCUGGCGAACAAGAUCGGGGCCGUAGAUCUGAAGGGGAACGUGGUGCACGCGGUGCGUCCGUUCCUACUACUAGCACUCGACCUACAAGCGGCGAGGACGUGAAUCCCGCGUUCUGGAAGCCUUCUGCACCUUACGCCAAAGACCAAGCAUCUGAAAAUGUCCCAACCAACUCGACGGCACCUCAGCAAAAUGUUGAAGAGCAGACUCUAAGAACUGAUCACAGUUCCAGAUCUUCAUCAAGACACGCUGGGAACGUUGGUGGUCGGAUGACCAACGGAGAAGGGAAUACCUCGAUCGAACAGCCCACUGGCAGCCACACUCAGGCUAAUGAGCCCGUCGCUCGCUAUUCGUUUACCUUUGACCGGUACAAAGGUUCUGGUACGGGUGGAUCUCGAGGCGCAGGCGAAUUUGGCAGAGAUCGAGGCUCUGGUAGGAACCGAGACUGGUCCAGGGACAAGCCUGACUCGGCUCGCGAGAAGGUUGAAUCGUGGAGAGACCGAGAACCCUCAGGUGAUCAGAGCAAUCGACGUGAGCCUCGAUCUGAGCGUGGACGUGGCUAUCGCGGCAGGGGUAACAGCAGCUAUAAUCCGCCAUUUGCCUCCUCCCACGCUUACACGUCGCCGCUUCCGCAAAAUGGAUUUGAACCACCGUCCAGAGCUAAUUCGCACACUGAGACUCGCUCCAGGCAAGCUUCGCAGCCGUUUGUACCAACUCAGGCCUCAAACAGCACUCGCACAAACCCACGUUCGCAGUCGAUUCCAGUCGGCAUGAUGUUCCCGGGUUUUUACAAUGGCAUGCCGGCCAUGCCACAGGGUCUCCCGUCGAUUCAGACCGACAUGUCAAUCUAUGGUUAUCCCUCCCAAAUGCAGAUGCAGCCGAGCAUCAUGAGUGCAAUGCCGUACAAUGAUCCGCUGAACUCGUACGCCUUGCUGUCAAUGGUCAUGACUCAGAUCGAGUACUACUUCUCAAUUGACAACCUUUGCAAGGAUUUGUUUCUGAGGAAGCAUAUGGACGGUCAAGGUUACGUCCCGCUAAGCGUUAUCGCUAAUUUCAAACGUAUCAAGACUCUUACUGAGGAUAAUAUGACCAUGGACAACCUUCGCUAUGUCUGCCAACAGGUGAAGAGUGUGGAGUUCUUGCCAGGAACUGAUGGGGAUGAUCGACUCCGUCGCCGCGAAGGCUGGCGAGAUUUUGUACUUCCCGUGGAGGAGAGAUUUGAAUCGGCCCGCAACGAAGGACCCUUGCAUAACCCGGAAGCUUACAAUCACCCGGCGCAAACAGACCAGGUUGGUCUUAAUGAUCCAUCCUUUGCCUUCGGUCAAUUGCGCAGUCCGCAACUGACCGUUGGUUCCAGUAAUGGAACGUUCCACGCAAAUUCGCCAAUGUCUUAUGUUCCCGGGCUGCCAUCGGAGAACCAGAUUUCUGGGGAGCCACUCGUCCGUCCAUUCGAAGAUGGCUCUAGUGAUGGAACAGAGAGACCGUCGAUUCUGUCCUUCCAGCACGUUGCUCCGGCUGCUGUCCGAUCUCCCCCACAACACGCCUCGGAGCCCCUGAGCAACAUUGUGAAUGGUCAUCAUCGACAGAGCUCCCGCGUCGACAUUGAGGACAACAUUUUCCCAGAUGAACAGAUCCCGAAUGUCAACAUCCGAAUGCAACCAACCACUCUCAGUGGCGCAGCCCCGUCUUUUCCCGGUAUCGCUCGCAUCCCUUCGGCCGGAUCUUCCAGUGGACAGAAUGAAGGCAACAAUGUGCCUUUGGACCUAAAUCAAGCCCGUCUCCCUAAUUUGCGCGGCGGAGCGAGCAGUCCACAGCAGUAAGUCAUUUCGAUCGCCGUCACGACCGUAACACUAACGGCCGGAUAAGGCUCGAGCAAUUCCGCAGCUUGUCAUUUGGUGCCCCAUACACAAUUCCUACCAGCGAUGAAAACAUUAUCUAUUUCACCAAGGAUGGCCAAGAGACGCAACUGCCGCCUCCACAACCCGGACAGUUCGAUCAAACGUACUUGUCACUCCAUGACAUGGCCUUCCAGCAGCGCCAAAUGGGAGUCGAAGGUGCUCUAGAGCCUCUUUACAAUUUCUGGACCGAUUUCCUUGUCGACAAGUUCAAUGUCGGCAUGUACCAGGAAUUCAAAACGACUGCUGUCAGUGAUUUACAUGAAGGCAAUGACGGUGGCAUGUCGCACCUUGUCCGCUAUUUUGGCAAGCUCUUAUCCGCACCUGUUCCGAUCAGUGAACGUCUUGCUUCCGACAUGAUCGACCUUUAUCGAGACGAAAAGCCCGAUCAGCGUCCUAUCUUCCACACCAUGCGAGCUGCCUGGCGAAACGGAGCGACAAACAUGAAGACUAUCAAACGACUCGGCGACUUCCUCACUGCCGAGGAAAAGGCCGAACUGGACACGAGCGGCUAAAAGAAAGCAUAUGCCUGCUCUCUUUCGCAGCCUAUCCGAUGCGCUAUGAUGCCGUUGUAAUCAAAAAACAUGUCACUGCUCAUUUUUGCCAUACCACAAAACGUACUAAGAAAGCCACCUUGGCCAUUGAACGAAUCUUCCGAAGUUCGCAAUGGUAUUUGUCAGAUUAACGCCACCUGAGAUCAUCGUUGCCAUGAUCUUUUACCGUUCGAAAAUGAUUCAUUUCAUUUACUCGAGCUGCCGGUACCCACCAAGUUCACCGCAAUUGAUUCGAGAUUCUUGUACAAUGCACAUGGACUUUGGUCCAUCAAAUCACAUUAUUCGAUGUGCGACAUGUGCGACACCGAAAAAGAGCGAGUUUUGUCAUCGACUAUCUAUUUUCAGCACAACAUUUCCACAAAAACACACAAGGAGUCAAUCCGAAUGAAUGGGAGAGAGAAAAACAUGCAGCUUUCGGCAGGAUUCAAUGGCAUAUGCAAGGGUGACAAGCGGCGCAUUGAAUUAGGCUCGAGAAUUGCCAUUGGGACAAAGCACGACCAAUUAUGAUUGAGAUACCACACCGCGGUUGAUCAGCACAUUUUCUUCGAUUGUUUCAGAGUAAUGGCUCACCUUUUUUUUUCACUUGAAGGCAUAGUUAUGUCUCUUGCAUAGACCUCACAAUGUUGCACAGGACGGGCAGGGAAGGCUGAGCUAUGGGAAUGGAGAGACUGGGACACGGUCAUGCGAGCACUGGUUGAGUUGUAAAGGUCGAAGGGAGGAGGAUCGGGCUGGAAAGGAACCCCCCCCCUUUUUGACCUGGCGAGACCUGGCGAGAAAAUUCGUGCUCGAACAAGCCUGACACUGGAAUUCAGACACUGCAGGGACACACUCAUUCAGACUGGAAGGAGGACACCUCGUCGAGCUCAGCAUUGGAUUGAGGCCGCUUACCGAUCCGGAAGCAAAGGAUCACCCGCCAAACGUUUGCUUGUGCAUGCCAGAAAGGCAGAGUAGUCUUGUGGUCAAGGAUGCGCUGUGUUACGAGGCCCCCCUCCCCUCCGAGCUUUCACACAAUACCCACAGUCUCACUGUUUUCAAUGAGCAGGGGCAAGACAAAAGUUUGUACACAGGAUCACGAGACCAGGAAAUCAAUAGUGAAUGAAAUGGUUUAUUGUGAAACCACCAACUCAUUGUGUCAACCUAGAUUGCCCCUUUGUAUCUUAAGCAACUAGCUUGAGUGCUGCAGCAAUGUACAUU